AGAAAGAAAGAAAGAAAGAAAGAAAGAAAGAAAAGUAAAGAAGUGAUUUUGGUUUCCUCUGAAACUCCGUCAUCGCAGAAACCCCCACGAGACGUCGUCCAGGAGACCGCUCGGUGUCGGUGUCGGUGUCGGUGUCGGUGCCUUUGUCCGCCCCGCAGCAUGCACGCCUCUGGGCGGGGGCGCGUCUUGACGCGCCGGUGGCUGCCCGCUGCGCUGGCUAUGGCGCUCGUGCUGUCCUCCUCCACCUCCUCCGUCAGCUCCGCUCACAGCACCACCAUGGAGCACGACUUCCACAUAGUUCACAAUGUCGACAACAGAAGUCCGGAGAUAGACCCCUUCUGGUACGUGGGACGGGGGGUGAGACCCAUUGGGCGCUUUGGGAAGAGGCACAGCAACGUAGUGAUGGUGGACGGCGGGGGGAUGCAGCCCAUCAUCAGCACUCUGGAAAUGCUCCUCAACUCCCUCAGGAGCAAAGAGAACCUUGGGAAAACCCUGGAUGGACGGGACAGAGAUUGGCUUCCAUGACCGCAUGCCCCCCCCCACCCCACCCCGCCCCCAUUCUUCCAAACACCCACCCAGCACUGCCUGUGGAAGAAACACCUCUUCGUUUUUUUGUUUUCCUGAGGGAUCGUGACGCGUCUUUCGCUUUGACUCUUGACGACCUUGUCUUUCCC